UUCUGUUUGUUUACUCGAGAAGCAGCAUUAUGCCCGACCCAGCCAAGACCGCGCCCAAGAAGGGAUCAAAGAAAGCCGUGACCAAGACGGCCGGCAAAGGAGGCAAGAAGCGCAGAAAGUCCAGGAAGGAGAGCUACGCCAUCUACGUGUACAAGGUCUUGAAGCAGGUGCACCCUGACACCGGCAUCUCAUCCAAGGCCAUGGGCAUCAUGAACUCCUUCGUGAAUGAUAUUUUUGAGCGCAUCGCCGGUGAGUCUUCUCGUCUGGCUCAUUACAACAAGCGCUCCACUAUCACCUCCAGGGAGAUCCAGACCGCCGUGCGCUUGUUGCUUCCCGGCGAGCUGGCCAAGCACGCCGUGUCCGAGGGUACAAAAGCCGUCACCAAGUACACCAGCUCCAAGUGAAGCGCGUUACCGCCGUCUUCAUCAACCCAACGGCUCUUUUAAGAGCCACCCACUUUCCAUACAAAGAGUAAUUUUCUCUCUUUCGUUUUCUCUCUCGCUGUGUGUGUGUGAGAGAGAGCGGGAGGGGAACUUCUGAAGCGCUGCACUCCCGCGGAUGUUCAGGCUUUUUGGUAAUUAUAGCAGUCUGCUAAAUGCAGAGAUGAGUAAAUCUAAACAGGGUUGUAGCACGGUUUCGGGGGUUGUAUAAUCUGAGCAAUGCAAAAUGGGACGUUAGCAGCACAAAGUUAUUUGUAUUAAGAUUGUACCAACAGGAAGUAGUUGAAAAUGGUUUUCUACUAGCACAUAAUCAUUCUACAUCAGGGGUGCCCAAACGUUUUCCUGUGAAGGGCCAAAAAUCAAACUUGAUUGAGGGCUGUGGGCCAAAAGUAAAUGUUGCAUUAUACCAAACUGUAUUAUAUUAAAAUUAAAGUUGCCAUGGUUCUUAUUUAUCAUUUCAUAAUAUUUACAAAUAAAUAAAUUAAUAGAAAACGUUAGUCUGUAUCUGCUUCACUAAUGCAGUUUUAUUUUCAGAGUUCUAUAGUUCAAUGAAACUUAUAGUAUAAUUAAAACAUAGAACCAAUCCCAUUUAUAAUACAUGUUCAAUACCUCAUACAACUAUUCAAGCUAUAAGCAAUACAGCCACAUGUCUGCAAUAUCAGUGACCUCUAAUGAGACACAUGAAGCUGGUCCUUAUUUUUCAAAAGUAUUUCCAAAUUGGGAUGCAGUGGACUUACUGUCAAAGUCAGGAUAUUAUGGUGGUGAGAGUCAGUUACUUUGCA